AUGAAAGUUCUGUUCUAUGCCACGUUGUCCCUGUUUGGCCUCGCCAUCGUGAGCGUCAAUGGGGAGAAAAACAACAUCUUGAACUCCAUCAAAAAUGAUGGAAAAAAUGAUGGAAAGAAUGAUGGGAAAAAAAAAUCCAAAAGCCAAAACAAAGGCGCAAAUACGAACAUGAAGGAUAUGUUCCACUUCGAGGAUAUGGAAAAAAUCAAAGAACUCAUAAACGAGAACAAGUUGGAGGAAGCCAAUGAGCUAUUUAACAAAAUGAAGAAAAUUUACAAUAACAAUGUAAAGGAUAACGAAACUGAGGACCACAUGGACAGUAACAAUUAUGCACCAAUGAAAGACGAAAAUAAAUUAGCACAGGAUUUUAUGAAUAGCAAUCAAGAUUUCUUCUCAAAUUUAAUAAAUCCAAAUGACCUCCAUGAAAUGAUAAGAUUUUAUAUGUACUUGCAAGAUCUGUUAAGUUCUAAAAAUGAAACUUUGGAAAAAAAAAUGGUGAAAACAUUUCUUAGAAAAACAAUUGAAAAAAUGGAAGACAAUAAAAAAACAGGAGAAAAAAAAUCCAUUGAUGAUAUCAUAAAGGAUACAGAAGGACAUGCACAAAUGCUUGAAAAAUUAGCAGAUCUUAUGAAAAUAAAAAAAGAAAAAUUACAAGAUGAGGAGGUCAAAAAUAAGUUAAACCAAAUACUCAUUGGUAUGAUGAAAUUUAUCGAUUACACAAACAAUAGCGAUAUUGCAAAGGCACUUAUGGACGAAAUAAAAAUUAAGGAAGUUAAAAGUGCAGAUGGUACUUCGAAGCCGAAGCUUCAAGUCAACAUCGGAAACAGCAAGGCUCACUUGGAGAUGCUUCAAAAGGCCACCAACUUUAUGGGCAUGAACAUUGAUCCCGAAGAACUCAAAAAUCUCACCAUCAACAAUAAGUGGUACGAAAACUUUUUGAACAACCUUCUCAACGGUUCGGACGAAUUGUAA